GCGCGCAUGUGGAUUGACGGACAUGGCUCUUUGAAGCCUUUGGAGCGGGAGCGGGAGUGGCUGCGCGUUGAGUCCGAGUGUGUGAGAGAGAUGCUGUGGCCUUUGAGAUGGCAGGUAAGUGCUCCUUCUCGAUUUCGCGCUGAGGCGGAGAAGGAGGCGAGCGGUUUGACGCGGUCUGGCUUGGCAACGCGGCGUGAUGGCUGGGCGAGGGUACUGUGUUGCCCUCGUCGUCUUUGUCAUUGCUGUUGUCAUUGUCACUAUCGCCGGUGGACGUGCUACUGGGUGCGUCGAGUGGUGGCGGCGUUGGGUCGUGUUCGGCGGCUACGAUCGCGAUACGAGCCGCUCGUCGUUCGCGAGGGCUGUGAGGAGUGCCGGCAGGUGAGCUCGGCGGUUUGCCCUGCACUUCGUGUUGAAGUUCAGGGUCGAUCACCGUGCGUGUCUGCCGCG